AUGUGGAUCCUGCGCGGCCACCGCGCCGAGGAGUUGAUGCGGCACAGCCUGACGGCGAUGGGAGAGCUGGAGGAGUACCGGUCGAGUCCCCUGCUGCUGGAGUGCGACAGCCUCCGGUGCACCCUGGGCGAGAAGAGUCGGUUCGCCAUCCACUUGGACCCAUUGCCUAUCGGGCUGGAGAACUGA